AUGGUGCUGAACGGUGACGGAGGAGACAGCGGCGGCGGCGACCAAGGUUUUAUCUCCGAUGAACGAGGACAAAGAGGAAGGGAGGACGGAGAGAGAGAAACAGGGAUGAACGAGGGUGGGAGAGAGAGAAACAGUGAGUCGGUUGCUAGCAAUGUGUACGAAACGCCAAAUGGGACUAGGUACUGGACACCCAUUGUCCCCCAUGGAGUCAAACCGUUUUUGAAAGCUAGAUUUACUACGAUUGAACAAGCAAUUGCAAUGUACGAGGAGUACGCACAACUUGCUGGAUUUGGAACCCGUUUGGGUACUUCAAAAAAAGUAAAAAUAGGAAACGAGGUAAUUACGACUCGGCGAUACGUUUUAUGCUCUAGGGCGCCAGUGAACAAACAUAAACAUAAAGAAACUAACCCCGAUGAUAUUGACUCAACUUCACCAUCGCGUCGUUCUAAUGUUAAAGUUACAGAUUGUAAGGCAUGUGUGAAGUUUCGUCGUAUAAAAAAGUCAACUGAUUAUGAAAUCUAUGGGUUUGUUGAACAACACAACCAUGGGUUUACCUCUCCCGAGAAUCUUGACUUAUCACUAAAGCGAAGAAAACUCGAUUUUUCUACCCAAGAGUUCAUAGCAAAGUGCCGCAAUGCUAAUCUUGGCCCUACCAAAUCCCACAAGGUACAUGUUGCAAUAAAAGGUGGUCACCAUAAUGUUCACGGUACCGUUGUAGACUACAAAAAUUGUGGCCGUGACAUUCGGGAUUUUAUUGGCGAUAGAGACGCGCAGAUGAUAAUUGACAAGUUCAAAGCUCGAAGCGAAAAUAAAGUUAAUUACACUUUCGAUACCCAUAUUGAUGUUACAGUUGAAAACUUUUUUCCAAACAGGUACGAUAUGAUUUUUGUGCCUUUCACGGGAGUUGACCAUCAUAAAAAGUGCACAAUUUUUGGGGCUGGGUUGUUACAUAAUGAGACUAUUGAAUCAUACACAUGGCUACUCCAAAAAUUUCUUCAAGCACACAAAGGAAAACAGCCACUCUUGAUAUUAACUGAUCAGGAUUGUGCUAUGAAACAAGCUGUCGCCAACGUAUUUGACAAGUCCAUCCACAGACUAUGCAUGUGGCACAUUAUUCAAAAGUUGCCAGCAAAGAUCAAGGGUAACGACAAAAGGAACGCGGAAAUCAAGAAAAAAUUCCACAAACUUGUAUGGAAUGUUUACAUCAAACCAGAAACCUUUGAAAAGAGAUGGCAUUUACUUAUUGCUGAGUACGGUUUGGAAGAGCAUUCUUGGUUGACUGAGAUGUAUUCGAUUCGUGAACAGUGGAUCCCAGGAUAUUUUCAUGAAAUACCUAUGUCUACGUUAAUGAAGACCACUUCUAGGUGCGAAAGCGCUAACCAUUUGUUCAAAUCAAACUCUAGUCCACACAAUACGUUGGUACAGUUUAUGUUGUGCUACGAUACGUCCGUUGAUGGGUUACGAAAUGACCAACGCGAACUCUCUUAUCAAACAGACACCAUUAAUCCAGAAUACAAAACUAAAUGGCCAAUCGAACGUCAUGCAAACCAAAUUUAUACUAGAAAAGUAUUCUUGGAUGUCCAAAAGGAAAUUAUCAAGGGUAAGGAGAAUAGCUACAUUGCUGAACGAUCAAUAUCAGAUGGAGUAAACUGUUUCGUGAUUGCUCACCAAGAUCAGACAUCAGAAGUUUUAAAUGAGUUCAAGCAAUUCACCCUAAAAUUGCAGGUCACGUUUAACAAAGAAGAUCUAUCAGUUACCUGCAAGUGUAUGGGAUUCACCAGAAAUGGAUAUCUAUGUCGUCAUGUGUUCUGCGUACUUGGCCAUCAUAACGUACAUAAGAUUCCAACACAAUAUAUUCACCCAAGAUGGAGGAGAGAUGCUAUUCCUAGCAGUGUCUAUAGCCUUGAGUACAGGUUAUCUAUUGAUCAAAGCAGAGAUGCUAUUCCAACGCCACUUUCAGUUUCGAAAACCAAUUUUCUGCAAAAGAUGACAGUUUUAUCAGCAAUGCGUUCAGUUAACCGUAUAUACCGCAAAUAA